AUGACUUAUAACCAAGAAGCCUUUGGCUACGUUAACAGGAUGCCCUCUGCAUUUGAUCCUCCUAGUACCAUGCUGGAUGAUGACCAACAACAACAACAACAACAACAACAACAGGCACAACAAUAUUUGCAGCGAGUUAAUUUGCAACAGGCUCAGCAGUAUUUGCAGCAACAAGCACAAUCUUCUCAGUCACCUUUCCAAUCACAAGUUUCCAAUAAUUCGAAUUCUAGUGCACAACAGCAAUAUUUAUUGCAGUUGCAGAUGCAACAAGCACAUCAAGUUCAACAAAACAAUCAAGCCUAUGAAUUGAACCAAAAAGGAAAUUACCCCUCACAAAAUCGUUACCUCCAGUUUAAUAAUUAUGCACAGCCAACUGACUUGAUGUUGGGCGGCAAUACCGAACAAGAACUAUAUCACCCGCAAUUAGCCCCAAAAUCUAAAAACGAUCAAUUUUUCUCAUCACCACAUUCUUCUGUUAGUUCUGCCAGUAAAGAUUCGUUAUUCAAUACGUCACUUCAAAAAUUAGGCUCAAACAAUAACACCUUAACUGGUAAUAUGAGCAAUAUCAACAACUUAACUCAAAACACGUCGCAAUUCAAUCUACCAAUUGAACUUCAGGGUGGUGUCAACAACAUUUUUAAUAGAAGGCCAAGUUAUGCCGCUGAUGUUCAAAAUUCUGCUCAUAAAAAAUUAGGGUCAAAUAAUUAUCCUUUACAAUUCAAUAAUUUUAGCUCUCAGAGAAGUAAUACUAUUUUUGAAAACCACAAUUUAAGAAACAAUAGCAUUGAUUAUUCAUCAUUACCUGCUGUGAAUCCACUCCUUAACAAUAGUCUCUCUCACUUUGAUACGGAUCAAAUAUAUGUUCAGUUAGAUGAUGGCUUGUUGUUGAAUAAGGCAACUAACACCAUAAUUACAUCACCUGAAUUGAAAAGACAAUUUGCUCAAUGUGCCAAUUAUUUUGGUGAUUUUGAAACUGCCAUGAAUGUUGUUGAUCAAUUAAAUAGAUUGCUAAAUCUUCCUUCAAAUUCCAAUGUAUUGAAUAGUACAUUUUUAGAGGUACCGCUAUCUGUAAUUCAUCAAAGGGUUGAUAAAUUAUUGGAAUUCUUGUUGAAACAAAACGAAGAUUUGAAAUCUUCGAUCCAUAUGGGUAAUAAAAAUUACUCCCUGAUACUAAAUAAAAAUGGAAGAUUAGACAUUAUUUCUUUUCCAAAGAACUCGAAUUUGGAAUUGAUGCCUAAAGAUUUGAUAAUCAUCGAGGGAGACAGAGGCAAAGAUUUAGUAAUGGUUUUGAAACCGAUCAUCGAGUUUAAAUUUGCCUUGUUUUUCAACUACCUAAAGAAGAAGUUACAUUUAAAAAGUUUAGAGUUUGGUAAUGCGUCAUCAGACACAAGCUCCAACUCGAAAUCACCAAUUUCUUUUAACAACAAGAGCAAGAAUAGCCAUAAAAAUAGCAACAACAACAACAACAGCAAUAAUAAUAAUAAUAAUAAUAAUAAUAAUAACAGUAACAGCCAUAACCAAAAAUCAAUCAUUAAUGAGGAUGAAAAUUUUAUCACCUUACCAAACAAACAAAUCCUCAGAUUUGCUAAGCCUCAUGAGUUGAAUCAAUUAAUACUUAAGUACAAUGAUGAAAUUAUGGCUUAUAGAAUUUGUUUAAACUAUUCUGCUUCUUUAAAUUUAAAUUUGAUUAUCAAAAAUGUCGAAUUUCAGUUUGAUAAGAAAAAAUUGAUUAUUUAUUAUUACUGCUUACAAAGGUUAGACUUUAGGGGCCUAAUCAAAGAGCUAUUUAAAAUUUAUAAAACCAGAAUCUGGUUGUGCGCCAUUUUGCCAUUGGAGAAGAGCUAUAAGCCAUUGUUAGAAUAUGAAUUAGAGAAGAGAAACAUUAAAUCAAACGAGAUUCUUGAUUCAUUCAACAAAUCAGAAGAGCUUUUAACUGAGUCGGGUUCAGGAAAUUCGAAUACUUAUAGGUCUGACUCUAAUGUCGUUAAAGACAACUUGCCAGGCUCCGAUCAAAUUUAUCAGUUUAGUGAAAUUGAAGAGCCAAUUUAUUUUCAUUCCAAAAUUUUUUCAAAUCUAAUCAGUAUGUUUGAAUAUGAAAUCACCAAUUAUGAAAAGUUCCCUGAUCGUUAUAGUUUCCUUAUAAACCAAUCCUGA